AUGAGGCUUGAACUCUUGGAGAAGAGCGAGGAGGGAUCAUUGCAGUUGGGGAAGGCUGGCAGGAGCCAGUCGGCGCUCAGCUGCGUGGAGAAGUUGUUCAACGUGUUUGAGGGCCUUGCUUUUCCCAGAGCGCCUCAGGAGCUGUGGCAAUACAUGCGGGCUGUAAGAACUUGCUUGGGCCAAUGCCCCCGUUGCUUCUUGAUGGGUGUGUCAUACUUGUCGCCUCACAUCGCGAGAAAGUUCUUCGAGAACGCGAUCCAGCGCGGAGGGUGGAGUACUUCAUCUGUGUGCAGUGUUCUUGACUGGGACACGCUCUGGACGCGGCCGGAUGAGCCGGACCAUUGGGCUGGCGUUGUCAGGUCGGUCAACUUGACGCAGCUGUCGGAGCUUGGGUGCCCCCCGUGGCAUCUUCCUAUGUACAGCUGUUUGCUGAAGCGAGCUUUUAUGGCGUCCAAGGCACUGGCAGGGACAUGUUUGUCUUCAGAGGCUGCUUGCAAUCUUUCCAGCAACAUUAUCAUGGGAGCUUGGUUGGGGCAGUGCAAGCCGCUGUGCAGCAAAGCAGGGGCUCGCUUAAGCUUGGGAGGAAGCGCUUCCAUUGCAGCUCGCUGUGACAUAGCGGAAGAGGCAAGUGCAGACAGGGUGGACAUUGACAUGGAUUUCACGGAUGUACGAAGGCCGCCCCGGGCCAUCGCCGAGCUGGAUGUGAAGUUUGAAGAAGAAGAAGCCGGGGAGAAAAUCUCCAAAGUCAUUGGUCAGGUCACUCAGAAGAUUCUCAAUCAUAUUGAGCCUACAGAGCGGAGGGAGUUGACCAAGAAUGCUCAUUCCCGGAAAGUGAAAGUGACCUCCGAGGGAGGCCCAAAGAAAGUGACCUCCGGACCUCCGGAAAGUGAACAAGAGUUGGCGCAGAGACCACCUCCUGCUGCGACCGGCGCGAGCAGCGCUUGGAAGCUCAUGAAGAGGGAGGAGAUGUUGGAGGCUCAUGAAGUGCUGGUCCUGGAGCGGCAAAGAGCUUUGCAAGAGGAGGAGGCGACCCCCAUGCUCACCAGGCUGCCUUUGGACAAGUUCAACUCCUUCACGGGCAGGGUGAGUGCAAAAGCAGUGAAGCUCUUGCAUGAAUUCCAGGACCAGCGCACAGAGGGGCAGGACAUGGUGGCAGUGUCCUGGUGGAGGGGGAAUCCUCAGCUACUUCGUUUGGACCGGUGGAAAAGACCUGGAUCCCCCCGGCCCAAGCGGCGAUACGUGGCGCACGCCCCAAGCACCGCAGCGCUCCGCCCUUUGCCGCUUGGAUGCGUUGUGCGAAUCUGUCAAGCUUUGGCUUGGGACUGGAUUGAAGUUGGCAGAGCCUUCAAAGGGGUCUGCUGGUUGCCUGUCACGGAUCACAUUUAUGUUGCUCGACUUCUCAGGCAUGUGGAUUGCAAGGCACACGAGUGCCAUGGCUCAAGGGCCUGUCAAUUGCGCACCGCUGUUUGCAAGAACAAGGGGCUGAUGGAGGAAGUGAGCCAGUGGACCUGCCGUCUCGCAUUCACCCAAUUUUGCACAAGUGGUAUCUCGAGGAACUUCGCCAGAGAGGCAGGAAGCCGAGAAGGCUUUGAGACAGGCCCAUUCUGGGACCAAUGCUCUGUGGCACGGAUUGAGGGUGUCCCCUACUUUCCUUUUGGGCAGCUUUGCUACUGCAACAUUCCAGUGAUGUUGUCCAUUGACACCCUACACCUCUUGAAGACGGGGACCGGGGCAUUCACACUUCACGAUCCCGAAUGUGAUGCAGAAAGCUUCAGCAGAAUGAACCCUGUGUAUUUGACCAGCUCAAGUGAUGCUUGCGGCCUUCAUAUUAUGAUGUUCGUGGGGGCGCUGGUGAGCUCUUGCACUGAAGGGAGCCGUGGCCUCAGCGUGACAAGCAUGGCAAGAAAUGCAUUGCUAGCCUAUUACCUUUUGCUGGCAAACCUGGCACAGCUACAGGCCAAGCAUGGGAAGGCCUGGUCUUCCAAGUUUCUGCCCUUGUGCACGAUACGCAGCAUCGCAAAGACCUUGGCGUGCGCACUGCUCAUAUGCAAAUCGGCUGCUAACAUCGGCUGUGCGCAUUGCUUUGCGGAGAAGCAGCUCAGCGAACUGAAGCGGGACUACACAGGGAAGCCUUCGAUCAAAGAUGCAAUCCUGUCGACCCAGAAGUCCCACCUCCAGCAAAUGAAGUGGAAGCUGCCCCCACCCAGCUCGAGCGCUUGCAACAAUGUGUCGGAUGAGGAACUUCGCAAGAUUGCAGCGCAAGCUCUGCAAAAUGCCAGCCGCUUUUUGUCUUGGGUGACCCGUGGCAAGCGGCCCCAAGACAUUCGUGAGACCCUGUUCAACUGGUGGAAAGACAUGCUGAAAGUGGCGACGGCUGCACGGAGGGUGCAGUGGACGCUGCCGCAGAGCUUGAUGCUUUCUUGGCAGCUAGACGUCGACUUCCCAGAAAAGAUCGAGCGAGCUGGCACGCGUGCGUCUGUCGCGGCCAAGCAGGCGUUGAAGUAUUUGGGGGUCCGUUCUCCAGAGCACUUCGUGCUCGCUCAUGCGGAGACACGGAAGGCCUGUGGACGUUUCCUUUGCGGCGAGGGGAACCACUUAGCGCCUGCCUGGGCCAAGCCCAUCAUCGACGCAGUGGCCCCGGAGUUCCGCCCCGGGCGCAAGGCCAUCGAGCAGCCCUUGCGCAUCAUCUUCGGCGUGGGCGCCCCAGCGCGCUCCAACCUGGCGCCGUCGCCCGCGCAGUUCGGGGACGCCAGGAUGACCGCGCGCGAGGCCAACGCAGUGCUGCAGUCGGCCUUCCCUGCGGCCUUCGAGUGGUUGUUGAAGAGGCGGGGGAGGGCGAGGGCGAGGAGGUUCAAGUAA